AUGAAAAUAUUGGUAUCUGCUUUCUUCUUUAUGCUGUCAAAUCUUUUGGGGCAAAAUAUCUAUCCUGAGGAAGUCCGGUCUAGUCACAAAUCUCUGGAACCUCUGAACAAACCAAGGCUGGGAUAUUUGAAGAAAGAAAUUAAUGAAGAAGGGACAAACUGUUGGGUUGGAGAUGGGGUUAUCAAGGAGGAGAAGAGUGACGGCAUAGCUGUCGGGGGUCUGGGCUGGUCGGGGACGGGCGUGGUUGAUGUCAAGGUGGAGAGGGGCGAGUCCAAGGCGUUUAAGUGCCAUCUGUGCCGCAAGGCGUUCUCUCGGCGGGCGAACCUGCGCAACCACGAGCGAGCGCAUUGGAACGGCAAACAGCAUGCAUGCCCACACUGCGGCAAGCUCUUCUCCCACCGUGCACACCUCGUCAUCCACGAGCGCACACACACCGGGGAGAAGCCGUUUCUGUGUCCCGUGUGUCCGAAGCACUUUGCACAGAAGGUGCACCUGCAGAACCACGCCCGCACGCACACGGGGGAGAAGCCGUACCGCUGUCGAUUCUGUUCAAAAGCGUUCGCGCAGCGUGAUCACUUGAACAACCAUGAGCGUAUUCACACAGGUGAGAAGCCUUUCACGUGCGCCAGGUGUUCAAAGUCGUUCACACAGCGAGGACACCUGAAGAACCACCAGAGGACGCAUACGGGCGAGGCCCCGUUCAAUCGUCUGAAUCAUGCCACUAUCAACUGCAAUCCAGAUGGUUUUGUCACGACCUGCAAGAAGGAAGUCUUUGACUCUCCACAGGACGAUGCCAAGAGACAUGAUGCCUCACAGUCAGAUUUGUGUGUCAAUGUUUCACUCUCUCUCUCUCUCUCUCUCUCUCUCUCUCUCUCUCAAUGA